AUGCAAUCUUGCUUCGGCCGCUUUGCCGGCUAUCAAAAACUCGAAGACCAAGAAAGCCAACUCCAAGAACAGGAACCUGGGUGUCUUGGACAAUGGCCAACCAAGCGUCCAAGAUUCACAAAACCGGGAUGGACAACAACAUGCAUCAUUCUAGUAGACUUGGCACUGUUUGGCCUUCUACUCUACUCCCUACGAGAUCUCUUCUUCCUUCUGCGCCAUAACAAGGAGAUGUUUAGUGCCCACGUCAAUGUGACGCUCCAGGAUCAACCGAAGCAUGUUCAUUCAUCAAGGCAGAUACCACGAAUUCUGCACCAGACAUGCAAGAACGAGACGAUCCCAGAGAUGUGGGCCGAGUCGCAGCAGAGUUGCCUCAAAGCGUACUCGGACUUCGAGUACAAGCUUUGGACCGACGAGCGAGCUCGCGAGUUUCUGUCGUCCGAGUACCCUUGGUUUUUGGAAACCUGGGACGCUUACCCUUUUCCUAUCCAACGCGCCGAUGCCAUACGCUACUUUGUCCUUUAUCACUAUGGCGGUAUUUACCUCGACAUGGACACCGUCUGCCACCAGGCCUUCCCGAUCGACCAAAUCGAAACCGAGCUGAAGCAUAAUUCUCUCUUCGAGGCCACUCUGCCUACCGGCAUCACCAACGAUAUAAUGAUAUCAUCCGCAAGGCACCCUGCUUUUGCAUCAGCCAUCUCUCGACUGCCGGUUCAUCACCGAAUAACGCGAUUCUGGGCAUGGCUGCUACCGUACGCUGCGAUCAUGUUCUCAACCGGACCACUCUUCAUCUCUCUAGCUACAGCGGCCUACCUGUACGGAGAGCCAUCACUCCCAUCGCCCACAGUACAGGUCAUCAGCUCAACCAAUCUCAAACCCUACAUCACAGACCUCCAAACAUCCACUUGGUACAGAACAGAUGCUCGUGUGCUAAAGUGGCUCGCAAACAAGCCGUUGCUCUGGUUCGUUCUGGGCACUGUGGGGGUUGUCGGUGGCGUGUACCUUCUGAACAAGGUGCUGUUGUUGACCUACAGGGUCCUUUGUUACAUGUCGAAAGCUACAGGCUGGUGGAUUCUCAAAGCAGCGAGCAGCUGCUUUACCAAGAAGCAAAAGCAUGUUCAAUACAACACCAGAGCAACAUAUGAGAAGAAAAACGAAUCGAUCAAGACCUCCGAGCCCCAGUCAGACACCCACAAUGACAUGGCUACCGAUGACGCUUCCGUCCCCCAGGACAAAAGUCAGCAGGGUGCGUUCAACCCCGAGACGGGCGAGUUCAACUGGGACUGCUCUUGUCUUGGAGGAAUGACCCACGGCCCUUAUGGAGAGAAGCUCAAGAGCGCAUUCAGCUAUUUCAUGCUCUCGACCGAUGAGCCCAAAAGAAUGAGCUGUAUCGACCAGUUCAAAUACGUCGACCACCAAAAUACACGCAUGGUAAUUCAAGAGUGCUUUAACAAGUACCCUGAUGUCUACGGAGCUGAAUUGGCCGACGACGCAGAGGACAAUCCUCCACCAGGCGUUGGCGAUGAGCAGCCCGACACCCCAAGCGCUUCCAUCAGAGCCAAUUCGACUCCUCCUAUUGAGACAGAGACUACGCCGCAUGAGCCAGAGCGGGCGCGCAGGAAUGAAGGACCAAAAAAGAAAGCAAGUGUCGAACUUAUAUAG